UAAUUAGAAAGUUGGCAAUCAGACACUGAACGCUUUGGAAUCGUAGGCCGGUAGAGAAAGUCUUCACCAUCUCACAGCUAUGGCGAGCUUCGCAUGGACGGGGAUGCCACGUCCAAGCUUUGCAUCUCUUCACGCCGAUUCCAUGCCCUCAAAGUGUCUCCUGCACCUCCGGAACCUCCCUUACAACCGUAGCUCCGUCCGUCGUGCCGGAAUUUGUUGCAGCUCCAACGGCGGUUCCGAACAAACUAAUCGUGAGCAAACGACGGGAAUUCAGCUUUACAGGGAUAUCGAGAGAGUACUUACAGAGACUGUGCGACAGUCUCAAGCUAGUUGGAGUGGCUCAGGAGACUGGAAUGAAAUAGAGGGAGCAUGGGUCUUGCGGCCAAAAAAUGAGUUAACGUCAAUUGUACAUUUUGUUGGUGGGAUAUUUGUGGGGGCUGCUCCACAACUUACUUACCGCUUGUUCCUUGAACGUCUUGCAGAUAAGGGAGUCUUAGUUAUUGCUACCCCAUAUGCCAGUGGUUUUGAUCACUUCUUGAUUGCUGAUGAAGUGCAGUUUAAAUUUGAGAGGUGUCUUCGAAGUCUCCAAGAGAGUGUUGAGGAUGUUCCUACUUUUGGCAUCGGUCAUUCAUUGGGAUCUGUUAUUCAUCUUCUGAUAGGUUCGAGAUAUGCCGUGCAAAGAAGUGGGAAUAUUCUAUUGGCAUUCAACAACAAGGAAUCAAGCCUAGCUAUACCUCUGUUUUCUCCAGUUCUUGUGCCAGUGGCCCAAAGCCUUGGACCAUUAUUAUCACAACUAGCAUCAUCGCCAACUGUUCGUCUUGGGGCUGAGAUGACAAUGAAACAGUUUGAAAACCUUAGUCCAUCCAUCUUGAAGCAAGUUCUUCCUCUGGUAGAGCAGCUUCCUCCAUUGUACAUGGACUUAGCUAAUGGGAGAGAAGAUUUUUCUCCUAAGCCUGAAGAAACUCGACGAUUGAUCAAGGCAUACUAUGGAAUCUCAAGGAAUUUACUAAUAAAGUUUAAAGAUGACAGCAUCGAUGAAACUUCUAUACUAGCCCAGGUUUUAAGCUCAGAAUCUGCUGUUAGUUCAAUGCUGGAUUUGUCUCUUCGUAUGCUGCCCGGAGAUCAUGGCCUGCCUCUACAACAGGUUCUUCCGGAUGUUCCCCCAGCAAUGGCGGAGGCAGUAAAUCGUGGAGGGGAGUUCCUGGCAAACUUAACUGCAGGUACGCCAUGGGAGGCUGUUGCCAAAGAAGUGAGCAACACAUUUGGUUCAGACUCCACGAUUUUCAGCACAGGGAAUCAGAAGGACAUUGAUCUGCUAGUCGAUGUAAUUACAGCAUGGAUUGCCUCUAGCUCUGGUCCGAGGCUUCUAAGGCCGUAGAUUAGGCGUCACAUGACUUACGAAAGAAUCUUCGAUGAGCUUCAUACAUACACAACAGGUACUAUACCAGCUAUUUCACCUUAGGUAAAUGUAAAUGAGUUAUAAAAAGCUUGAAUAAUGAAGCUUAAGUGCUAUACAUGGAUGGAUCAUUGGUAUGGAAAGAAAUAUUGGUGGUAGUAAGGUAAAUGUGAGUAAUGCAUCAUAUUAUAUCGAAAGGUUUUUUUUUU